AUGAAAUUAAAAAACAUUUUUUUGUUAUUAUUUAUUUAUAUAUUAGUAUCUAUUAGUUCACAACAACCGCAGCAGCAGCAGCAACAACAAAAUUUUAUAGAAUUAUUUAAACCAGUUCAAUUGAUAUACCCAGAUUCAAACCACGAUAGAUUAAUAAUUAAUGAAAGUUCAAUUAAUCUUUUAAAUUCAGUAUUGAGUGAAGAUAGAUUAUCAGUACUUGGAGUGGUUGGUACAUUUCAUUCUGGUAAAUCAUUCUUAUUAAAUCAACUAUUAGGUACAACUGAUAGUUUUACAGUUGGGCCAACAGUUCAUCCACAAACAAUUGGUAUUUGGAUGUGGGCAUGUAGAAUUAAAGAUGAUAAUGGUAAACAACAUAAUCUAUUAUUAUUAGAUACUGAAGGUUUUUAUUCAAGUAAUGUAUCUGAAACUUAUGAUGCUAAAAUAUUUGCAAUUACAACUUUAUUAUCUUCUCAUUUAAUUUAUAAUUCUGUUAAAAUUAUUGAUCAAUCAGCUUUAGAAUAUUUAGAAUUAUUAUCAAGAAGAACACAAUUAUUUGCAUUAAAAUCACAAAUUAAAUCAAAUGAAAUGAAUCAAGAAAUUUUAGGAUUAAAUAAUAUAUUAAAUUUCCCAUCAUUAACAUGGGUAGUUCAAGAUUUCUUUCAAGAUAUAGGAGAUGAAACACCAACUCAAUGGUUAAAUAAUUUAUUGAAAGCACAUAGUAGAGAUAAAGGUGUUGAUAGUAGUUUAAUUUCAAUCACUGAUAUUUUCCCUUCAAUUGAAUGUCAUACAUUAUUUUUACCAAGUGGUGAUAGAAAUAUAUUAAGACAUUUAAAUAAAGCAAAAUCAAAUGAUUUAAAUCCAAUUUAUAUUAAAGAAUUAAAUGAAUUAAAAUCCACAUUAUUUAAAAAUGAUAAUGAUAAUGGUGGUGGUGGUGGUAAAUCAAAAUUAACAGGACCAUCAAUUAGUACAUUAUUAAGAUUAUUAAUUGAAGUUGCAAAUGGUAAUAAGUUUCCAACGGUACCAUCAAUUUGGAGUGGAUUUAUUAAACAACAACAACAAUCAGCAUUAGAGGAUAGUAUUAUAGCUUAUAAGGAUAAAAUGUCAAGUAUAACCAAUGAGGAUUCAUUUUCAAAGCCACCAUUAUGUUUAAAAGAAUUUGAAAAACUUGAAUCACAAUCAAAUAAUUAUGCAACCAAUCUUUAUAAACAAUUAUUAUUUGGAUUGGAAGAGGCAUAUAAACCAGGUCAACAAAAAUUGGAAAGAUUAUUAUCAGAUAACCACCAAUACUUUUUAAAAGAGAAUUAUUUUAAAAUUCAAAAUUAUUGUCAAAGAAUUUAUAAUGAAAUGAUUGAAUCAUUUGAAAAUCAAUUAGAGUCAAUUAAAAUACCAAUAUCUUCAAAACAUUUCAAUCAUCAAACUUCAAUUUUAAAAAAUGAAAUUAUAAAUCAAUAUAAAGAAAUCACAAAACAAUAUAACUUAAAUCGAAACCAAAAUCAAAAUAACUAUUUUGAAAUAUUUUUAAAUUCAUUAGAAAAAGAUAUUGAAAGGUUAAUAAAUGGUAAACAGUUACAAAAUAGGAACGAGAUUGAAAUAUUAUUAACAAAAUCAAUUGAUAUGAUAUCAGAAAGAUAUAAAUCAUAUAUGAAUCAACUCGAUUUACCAAUUACAUUGGAACAAUUAAAGAAUGAGGAUAAAAAGCAUUAUAAUCAACUUUUAAAUUCCAAAUUUAAACAAAUUACAGAGGUCGCUCAUGAAGAAUCUUAUUAUCAACCAUUCAAGUCAAUGGCAGAGAAGCAAUUACAUCAACUAUUUCAAUACUUUCAAGAGAUUAAUGAACAAAAGAUAUUAGAGAAAUCAAAAUUUGAAUCUGAUCAAUCAAUACUUGAUUUCAAGAAAAGUGUAUCACAAAUCAUUUUACCAAUCGAAGAGGAAUCAUUGGUUAAAUCAAUGAAUGAAUUUAAAAUUCGUUCAAUAAAUUCUUACAAAAAUAGAUUGGAACCAUUUAGAAAUUCAAAUUCUUAUUCAACUCAAUUAAAUAAAUUAGAAUCUUCAUUGGAAAAACAAAUUGAAUUGAAAUUAAAUGAAAAUGUAACUCAAAUGAAAUGGAUAGUAAUGGAAUCUUUAGAUACUGUUAGAGUGAUGAUGAUCUCUCGAACACCUAUAUUUUGGUUUCAACAUUCCUAUGAGAAUGAAGCAUAUCGUGAAGCUGAAAAAAGAAUUAUUGAUAAAAUUAAAUCAAAACCACUUCGUGAUAAAGUUAUUAAACAAUUUAUAAAUAAUGAUUUAAAACAACAAUUAAAUAGUUUAUUUAAAUUAUCAACAAUUUUAUUAACUUUAGGUAUAAUUUUAAUAUUUUCAAUUUUAAUUUCAUUUUCAACUAUUAAAAAAUAA